UGAAACUUUUAUCUAAAGGUAGCUUUUUUCACUCUUCCACAGCACAUGGUGUGCUUCUCAAAGCAUAAGUGAGGUCAGUGUUUCUCAUUGGAUAUAAAGAGACAUGACUUAUGGGGAAAAAUGAAACCUAUAACAUAAGUAUUUUGCAAGAAUCACUUGCAAGACUUCUGGUUGGAUUACCAAUUUUUGCAUGUUCUUCAAAUUGAUCUUUUUUAGUCAUCCUUUCUUUCAACUACUCUAGAAAACAGAAGGUGGCAGGUGUUUGAUAAAUCUGUUUGUUUGCUGAAGGACUAAUGGAUUUCUAAAAUGGGAAAGAGAAGAAACUGGUUCACCUUUGUCAAAAGAUUUUUCAUUCCUGAGACAGAACCAACAGCCGAUCAAAAGAAACCAAAGAGAUGGAAAUGUUGCUUUAUGAGAAGGUUCAAGUUGAGGAAAUGUCCUGCCAUAACAUCAGCACCUCAGCAAACAUCAGCUGAUGCGAAAGAAACACCUCAGCAAACUUUAACUGAGGCGAAAGAACAGCAAAGAAAACAUGCUUUGGCAGUUGCUAUAGCAACAGCAGCAGCUGCUGAGGUUGCUGUAGCUGCUGCCAAUGCUGCUGCUGAUGUUAUCCGUCUAACGAAUCCUCCAAAUGAAUUCAGAAGGAAACGAAAACAAGCUGCCAUUAGAAUCCAAAGUGCUUAUCGUGCCCACCUGGCCAAGAAAGCAUUAAGUGCUUUAAAGGGUCUUGUGAAGCUCCAAGCAGUGAUUAGAGGUGAAAUUGUGAGAAAAAGACUCACUGCCAAAUUGAAGUGCAUGUUGCCACUUCAAAAGUCAAAAACAAGAGUUUAUCAAAUUAGACUCCCUUACUUUGAAGAUUAUCAUGACAAUAAUGACAAGAAACUCAUCAAUAGCCCCAGGGAAAGUAUGAAAUCUAAAGACCUAAAGCUUAAAUGCAAGAGCCUAAGGGCUUGGAAUUUCAACUUGGCUUCAGAACAAGACAGUGAAGCCUUGUGGUCAAGAAGGGAAGAAGCCAUUGACAAAAGAGAGCAUUUGAUGAAAUACUCGUUUUCACAUCGGGAGAGAAGAAACGAUCAAACUUUACAAGAAGUAUUAACCAGACAGCAAAACAGAAGAACCUGCAGGUUUGAUCAGUUGGCAGAAAUUGAGGCACCAAGAAAAGCAGGCUUAUUUGAUAAAUUGAGAUCAUUUACAGACUCAAAUAUUCCUUUAGGUGACAUGAAUGGGAUGACGCAACUUCAAGUGAGAAAAACGCAUCGAGCAGAUUGCAUCGAGGACCUACAUUCUCCUUCUUCACUCCCAAGAAGAUCAUUUUCUAAUGCAAAACAGAAGUCAAAUAUUGAUGUUAACUCUUUACCAAAUUCUCCUAUAUUUCCUACUUACAUGGCUGCCACAGAAUCUACAAAGGCAAAAACAAGGUCGAUGAGCACACCCAAGCAACACCUAAGGUUUGACGAGACAUAUUCGGGUCAAUGUUCUCCUUAUAACCUCAAAAUUUCUUCUUGGAGAUCUUUUAACGGUGAAACGAGUGACAGUACCAGAAAGAGCAGAACUUCUAGCAGAUAGCUCUGAAUGCACAAGGUGUUUACCAAGAUUGAAGAAUUUCUGUUCUUAGAUCCCAUAUAUUUUCUAUCAAGCUUAUUCUAGAUUCAGGACUGCUUUGUUACAGCUCAAAAAACCUGGCUCUUGGAAGAACAUGAGCGUCGUGCAUUAUUAUUACUACUAUUCUUAUAACGACAGAAUCCACGCCGGCUUGCUCUUAUCAAGGGAAAUCAGAAACUCCUAGAUUUACACCAUUACUUCUAGACAUGAAAACAAUCAGAAACUGGAGCUAUAAUUAGAGAAAGCUCCUUGCUGAUCUAUCUACAGUUGAUUGAUGAAAGCCAGUGGACAUCUUUUGUUACUGGUUUUAACAUUUCCUGUAACUUCCCACAGUGUGUAUAUAGUUCAAAAUUUUCUCCCUUUCCCUGCUUGUUUUCCCUUGUUUUAUUUAUUUGUUGAUAUAUUUGUUUUGGGCGCUUCUGAGUUGAGUAUAUUGGAAGAAGAAUUGUUGUUUGAUGUCCUUCAAACCAGCCACUCUAUUAUUUCAUGUAAAUUUCUUUGAAGAAUAAACUUAGAAUUUAAGUCUUA